CGACCUCUGAUUCCUUCGCAUAUCCCCAAAGCAAGCUCGAGUGAAGAAACUCACGAAAUCUGAAGCCAGCUGAGAGAGGCGGAUGGGGCAGUGCCCGUGUUUCGGGUCCGCGAAGGCGGCGGAGCAGGAGCGGCGGGCGGAGGCGGACCGGCGCGAGUCGCAGGAUGCUCGCGCCAAGGCCGCCGAGGCCGCGCAGAGGAGACAGCAGGACUAUGAGAAAUCGGCAGCUGGAAGGGCAGCCAAAGCACAAAUGAAAGCAAUGAAGGAAUCAAAGGCAUCAAACCAAGGUGGAGAGCCGGUUCUUAAGUGGCAGAUGGGAUCAUGAGUUUCGUUUCUGUUGAUUUGCAUCCCUCCGCUUACUUUUGAUGGCCGACAGAAAAUUGAUUGCGACUAAUUUCUGAUAGGAUGCACUGUGAUUGUGUGAUUAUGCCAGUGAAGUGUACAUCCGGUUUACCAUCUGCUAUGCUGUACAUGCUAUCCCAUAGACUGCCCAACUUCCCAGUUAAAAGUCACAAGUUUGUGUUUGUAAGUGAACAAAAUAUAUAUUUUAUGAACACAUGUAGUCUCGUAGCAUUUGCAUGGAGGCUUUUACCCCACUUCAUAGUAUUUUUCAAAGCCAUGUUUCAUAGUGCGACUACAGUACUGAAUUCUGCUGCAGCCUUCUUUUUUUCCCUUCACAUCAUCAAGCAUCCCCAUGGAGAUUCUCAUAUGUACCAUGUUCUGUUAGCUGAUAGCUUAUCAAGCUUUGGUAUAUGAAAUGCUGAACACUCGUUGCACUUUACAUGGAUUGUUUUAAUUUGAGUGUUACUCCAUAGUUCCUGAG